AUGCCCCCCGAACAUUCUGUCUUCGCAGGAAGGUUGGGCGGGAAGCAGAAGCGUUGGUGUGGGAUGACGGCCAAGUUGGGCACCGUGCUGUCAGGCGUCUUCACCCUGCUGGCCGUGUACCUGUAUCUCAACUUCGAGCAGAAGCACCUGAGAGACAGCUACUGCCCUCUGAAAACCCAAACCCGUUACAACAGCACGGACGACGUCAUCAACAAGUUCAUCAUUUGUCACAGCCAGAUGAUCGUCUUCUACCUGUCCAUCAUCACCGUUGUCAUCAGCUGCUUCCUCCUCUACUCGGUGUAUGUGAAGCUCUACAAGGGCCUGAUGACCUACGUCAUCUGGAUCCUCUUCUACGAAAUCGUCAACAUCAUCGUCCAGGGACUCACCAACACGGGGUUGCACACCGCGGAGGUCCGAGUCCUGCGCUGGUUUGGCUUGGUGGCUCGCGUGGUCAUGCACUGCUUCUGGGCGUUCUACGUCAUCACCUAUGCUCACAUCAUCUACAAAGACCAUAGCCAGGGCAACAUCCUGACCUACAACAGGCGCAUCUCCAUGGGGAGCGGCGAUUUCUUACCACAGAAAUCAAAGAUCUUCAUCUACCGCUAG